AUGGGGCGUCGGAUGGCGAAGUUGGAAGCCGACGUUGCGUUCUUCGGGAUGUGUCUGCGGAAAAAGUAUGUGGACCAGCUAUUCUUCAAACAACUGGCCGCCUCCGGGAUACCGUGGAAGGACAAGAAGAAGGUCAUCAGACCCUACAGGUCUGGAACAGGUCAACGGGUUCAAGACAUCCGCAGCGCCUGUGACAGACUCUGGAAUCUUCUUCUCGGAAAGAACUUCAGGAGGCAUGGAGACUACCAUCUUUGGAGCGCCGUCAUGAGGACACAUUUCGACCGUGCGUGGUAUGUCAAAAGGAGGCAUGCUUUGGACAGUUUCAAGUUGUGGAACUCUCGGGGGGCAGAGGAUAAACCCGGUGUCCAAGAUGGUCCAACGUUUCUUCGAGCUGCAGGACUCGUAUCACGCUUAGAAGAUCUGGGUCACCCGGUUCGAGACUAUUACGACGUGAAAGAAGAAGACAAUUCCAAUGUGACAUCAACAAAAGCGGUGGAAAGCGAUUGUGUUGGAAAGUCCAGCAAGAAGGUCAAAAAUGCCGUCGCCAAGGUCCUAAGCUCAGGCUCGCUAAGUUUAAAUAUUGGCGGUGACCACACUAUGUCUAUUGGAACCGUUAUUGCUCACGCAAUGUCCGUGGAUUCUAACAUCUCUCUUCUCUGGGUUGACGCCCACGGCGACAUUAAUACACCUCUCUCCACUUCAAGUGGGCACAUACAUGGAAUGCCUGUAGCAUUUCUCCUUCGCGAAAUGGAGCCCUUCUUAAGGAAGCCCGAAGGUAUGGAAUGGAUUCAACCUUGUGUUCGAAAAGACAAUUUCGCCUACAUUGCUCUGAGAAACAUUGACCCUUACGAAAGAUAUUUCAUGGAUAAGCUGGGAAUAACACUCUACAGUAUGGAAGACGUCGACCGGAUCGGCAUCACCGAAGUUAUUCGACUGGUGCUAAGGCAAAUAAACCCUGGGGGUACCAGAUCCGUCCACGUCAGUUUCGACAUAGACUCGAUCGAUAAGCUUAUUGUUCCAAGCACCGGAACUCCCGAAAUUGGUGGUCUCUCGAUGCGAGAAGCGCUGGUUAUAGCGGAAGAAGUACACAGAUCUGGUCAGCUUCGAGUUUUGGACCUAGCUGAAGUGAACCCUAGAUUGGGAACCGCCGAGGAUGCCGAUAGGACCGUCAACUGCGGCGUGGACAUCAUAACUUCCUUUUUCGGAAGAGAACGAAGAGGAAACCUGCCAGUAAUCCUGGAUCCCAGCGUUAUCAAGAAAAAGGAGGACUGA